AUGUCACAGAGAAACACGAGGAGUAUAAAUGACCAGGCUGGUAAUGAAGGAUAUAUAAGGCCUUCCUCUGAUGAACAACAACAACAACAACAACAACCAAGUGGAAACGUAAAUGGUACCUCAUCUACAUCAAGAAUUCAACAGAAUCAACAAAAUCAACAAAAUCAACAAAACCAACAACAGCAGCAGCCACCAAAGAGAACAGCUUUUGUACACAAGUUAUAUGCCAUGCUGUCAGAUCCAAAUCUAUCACAUUUGAUAUGGUGGUCGAGAAAAGAUGAUGAUGGUGUAUUUGCUCUACAUCCAGGCACUGAAUUUGCUAAUGCCCUGACUAAUUAUUUCAAACAUGGUAAUGUUUCAAGUUUUGUUAGACAACUGCAUAUGUAUGGGUUUCAUAAAGUGUUUGAUGCUAGUAAUGAUGAUAAUGAUAAUGACCGUAAAGAACAACAACAUAAUAAUAAUAGUAAUACUAAUAAUUCCAAUGAUGUCAACAAUAAUUCAAGCAAUAAUUCAAACAGCAAUAAUAGUAAUAAUAGUAAUAAUAGUCAGAACAGUGAUGAUCUUAUUUGGGAAUUUAGACAUUCAACUGGCAACUUCAAAAAAGGUGAUGAAGCAAGUUUAGCUUAUAUCAAGAGAAGAUCGUCAAAUAAAUUAAUACCUGAAGAUGAUUUAAAAAAUAAUAGAUUAACUGAUACAAAUGUUUUUUAUCCACAAUAUUAUUAUGCUGUUCCUUCAGAAUUUGUUUACAAUCAACCUCAUCCACCUCAACAACCUCACCCUGAUCAAUAUUAUGUUGUACAAGGUUCAGCAGGUCCUGAAUAUCAUCAACAAAGAUCACAAUCACCAACAUCAGGUUAUCAAAUCGGUUAUCAACCAAUACCUAGAAGCUCUCAAUUUUAUGGUCAACAACUUAUACAACAACGUCAACCUUCAUCUCCAUAUCAACAUACACAAGUUCAAAUGAAUCCACAACAACAAGAGCAACAGCAGCAGCAACAACAACAGCAACAACAGCAACAACAUCAUCAACAACAACAAGCACAUUCACAAGUACAACCAUCACACCCACAUCCACACCCACAUCCACACCCACAUCCACAGUCACAUCCACAUCCACAGUAUUCACAACAACAGCCUUUACAACAGCCUUUAGCUCAGCAUCACCAAGUUCAAUCAUCUCGUCAAUCAAGUAUAUCAGAUAGAGCUUUAGACUCAUCACCAGCUUUGGGUCAACAAUUACAACCAGGAUUUGGAGAUAUUGCUGAUCAUUCUCAUGUACAAAGAGUCACAACUGAUUUGAUGGAUCAACAAAGACAAAUUUCUUUCAAAUCCGAGUACUUGAAUAAAGAAUUAAAAUCUACUUCAUCGGAUGUUUUAAGAUUUUCUGAAAGUAUACCACAACUAGCUCCUGCAUUCCAACAAAAUGGUCAUAGAUAUAAUGAUGGAUUGACAAACCUUAGACAAAGUUUCAAUUUGAGAGCUGAUUUUUAUAGACCUUCACCAUUAUCUGCUGAAAUGGAUCCACAUCAUCCUGUUGGUAAUACACAACCUGGUAGUCCAUUACCACCACCUCAUCCAUCUGCAAUUCCACAACAUUUACAAAAUUCUCAACAUCAAGCACAAUCAGCAAGAAAUCAAUCUAUUCAUUUCUGGGAAAAUUCAGGUCAAAGACAACCAUCAAUAUUUGUUGAUCCGCUUAAUGCAUCACCUACUGCUUCCACUUCAUCAAGUUCCUUGACUUCACCAUCAAGCUCGAGAGUUCCAUCAACUUCAGGUCUUGCAGUACCACCAGCUCCAAAUCAUGUUUAUCAAUUGUCACCCUCUGCAAAAGGUUCAAACAGUGUACCCCAUAUUCAUUUCCAAGCAAAUAAAGCAAAUACAAGAAGAAAUGAAUCAUUACCUUCAAACAUUUCAGCUCCAACUUCAACUAUUGCUGCUUCACCUCAAGCUCAAUUAAGACAAUUACCUCCAAGAUCUAUACCCUCUGCUGAUCGUGGGUCAAUUCCAAAUAUUGCACAUUUGACAUCUCAAUUACGUCCCUCUAUCGUGGAUGCUCAUAAACAUACAAUCAUGAAUCCAAGUGGUACUCAAAAUACAAGUGUUUCAUCAAAUUCAACUUAUAAUACUAUUUAUUCUGCAAGCUCAUCCAUAUCAUCAUUAUCAUCAUCCAGAACAUCAUAUGGAAGUAUUCCACCGGUGUUUACUGAUACUGUGUCAUCACCACCAUCACAACCUCACCCAAAACAUGCUCAUCAACAUCAUAAUCAUCAUCAAGGUUCAAUAUCAAACCCAUCUUCAACAAAUCCACCACAACAUGUUCCAUAUAAUAAUCAUUUAUUAAAUCAUAUCAAUAAACAAUCAAUUUCAACAAGAAGCUCUGGUACAACUUCAAGAUUCAAAGAAAUUGCUGAGGAAAAUCAAAAUCAAAAAUCUAAAUUAUCAGUUUCUUCUUUAUUAACUGAUGCCUCAAGUGAUGAAGAUAAAGAAUCUUCAAAAAGAAGUAAUGAUGAUGAGAUUGAAGAUGGUAAAGACAUCAAGAGAGCCAGGUCAGUUACUGAUUAUACAAGUUGA